UGCAACUACUUGAUGGACGGUUAAGAAACCACUUAAUUUCCCUUCUUCUUAUUAUGCUCUUUCCUUUCUGGUAUAUUCUUCUAGCGUCUUCCCUUUAUCCUACACAACUUUAAAUUCAUCCUCAAUCAAUUGCAUAUUUCAACUCAAAACACAACACAGCCUUCAAAAAUGCUUCACUCCACUUCUCUUCUUCCUCAUAAUAAGCGUUUCGUCUUCUCCGUCCGCUCCAAACCUUCUCAUUCUCAUUCUUUUUCCCAUUCUCUCUCUUUCUCCAAAUUUAUCUCUCUUCCCUCUUCUCUCUCUACAUGUUGUCCAGUCGCUCGAAUUUCCACCGAGACCCUGGAGGUCUCGCCGCCACCGCCGGGCGACUUCAACUUCUACCGCGAAAUCGCACGCCUUGCCGCGCUCCGCGACAGGAUUGCGGCGUGCGCCACUCUCGUCGAGAAGCUCCGAGUGCUCAACGCCGAUUCCAGAGUGAAGCGCUUCUUCAGUUCGGGUCGCGGCCUUGCUAGGGUUUUGGCCUCGCUCCGGUUGAGUUCCGACCAACUAUUCCUGCUCAAAUGCGUGGUUGCUGCCGGGCAGGAGCAUGUACUGUGUUUGGACGGAACCGAAUCGCUAGAAUCCGCCGCGGCCGCCGCGGCUACCGCGAGCGCCGUGAAGAGCGCGCUCUACGCUAUUGCGGAGAUGAUUGAGAAUUUGAAUUCCUUUGAUGGCAAUGGUGGUGUGGGUUCGAGGAUGGCGUUGGGGGAUUACGAGAUUAUUGAUUUGAACAAGUUGUUAGAAACUUUGGCGGAAAUUGAGCAAUUCUAUGACUGUAUUGGAGGAAUUAUUGGAUAUCAGAUAACAGUUCUCGAACUUAUUGUCCAGAAGUCAUUUGAGAGGCAGAGUAUGAAGUGGUCACAUCAGAUGCAUGAAGCGAAAGAAUGCCAAAUUUUAGGAAUUAAUGCACCUAAUGGGCAUAACCUUUCUGAAGACACAGAGUAUGCUUCUCAAGCAGCUCUAUGGGGUAUAGAGGGUUUGCCAGACCUAGGUGAAAUUUAUCCUUUGGGAGGUUCUGCCGACAGGCUUGGUUUGGUUGAUCCUAAGUCAGGUGAAUGCCUGCCUGCUGCAAUGCUACCAUAUUGUGGAAGGACUUUGUUGGAAGGUCUUAUAAGAGAUCUUCAGGCUAGAGAAUUCUUGUACUUCAAGUUAUACAAUAAACAAUGUAUCACACCCGUUGCAAUAAUGACUAGUGCCGCAAAGAACAACCACAAACACGUCACUUCUCUGUGUGAAAGACUUUCAUGGUUUGGGAGAGGUCGAUCAACUUUCCAACUUUUUGAGCAGCCUCUUGUUCCAGUUGUUGGUGCAGAAGAAGGCCAGUGGCUGGUCACCAAACCAUUGAGUCCCUUGAGCAAGCCUGGUGGUCAUGGUGUCAUAUGGAAACUUGCACAUGACAAAGGCAUCUUCAAAUGGUUUUAUUCUCAAGGAAGAAAAGGUGCAACUCUGCGCCAAGUCAGUAACGUUGUGGCAGCUACAGAUUUAACCCUCCUAGCCUUAGCAGGGAUUGGUUUACGUCAUGGAAAGAAACUGGGAUUUGCAUCUUGUGAGCGGAUAUCAGGCGCUACAGAAGGAGUUAAUGUGCUGAUGGAGAAGAAAAGUAUUGAUGGUAAAUGCGAAUACGGAAUUUCUUGUAUUGAGUACACUGAGUUUGACAAGUUUGGAAUUACUACUGGACCCCUUGCUCCAAAAAGUUUGCAGGCAGAGUUCCCAGCCAAUACAAACAUCUUAUAUGUUGAUUUACCUUCCGCGGAGUUAAUUGGAUCAAGUAAGAGUGGAAAUAGUUUACCUGGAAUGGUGCUAAAUACCAAAAAGCCAAUAGUUUACACAGAUCAGUUUGGUAAAUGUCAUAGCGUCUCUGGUGGUAGACUUGAGUGCACAAUGCAAAAUAUUGCUGACAAUUAUUUCAAUUCGUACUCUUCUAGAUGUUAUAAUGAUGUUGAAGAUGAGCUAGAUACUUUUAUUGUAUAUAAUGAAAGAAGGAGAGUUACCUCCUCUGCCAAGAAAAAAAGAAGGCAUGGAGACAAGUCUUUACACCAGACACCUGAUGGUGCUCUUUUGGAUAUCUUACGAAAUGCUCACGAUCUUCUUUCACAGUGUGAUAUAAGACUUCCUGAGAUUGAAGCUAAUGAGAACUAUGUUGAUUCGGGACCACCAUUUCUCAUCCUUUUGCAUCCUGCUCUUGGUCCUCUUUGGGAAGUCACUAAGCAAAAGUUUUACGGUGGUUCCGUAUCGGAGGGCUCUGAGUUACAAAUAGAGGUUGCAGAGUUUUUUUGGAGGAAUGUACAGCUCAAUGGAAGCCUGAUCAUAAUAGCUGAGAAUGUUAUGGGCUCAAUGAAGAUUAAUGAGACCGGUGAAUACAUACUACAUUAUGGCCAAAGGUGUGGAAAAUGUAAGUUGCAAAAUGUCAAGGUGUUGAACAAGGGAAUUGAUUGGAACUGUGAUCGAAACAUAUACUGGAAACAUGAUGUGCAGCGAUCUGAGGUGCUGCAAAUCAUACUUCAUGGAAAUGCUGAAUUUGAGGCUACUGAUGUUGUCUUACAGGGAAAUCAUGUGUUCGAAGUUCCAGAUGGCCACAGACUCAAAAUCAUGCCGGGAAACCCAGGUUUAGCAAUCCAGUUAGAUCGAAUUGAUCAAGAUAUGAUGGAGAGGGGAAGCUGGCACUGGAAUUACAGGGUAGAAGGUUCUCACAUUCAGCUAGAUUUAGUAGAAUCAUAAACCACUAACCCAUUUUAGAUGUCUGCUGCGUGAAUCAUGGUUCACAGCUGCCAUUUGAGUUCAUAAUAAUUUAGGUUACUAAAUGACAGGGUUGAACAGAAGUUAAGCCUUUGUCAUUUUUGGUUAUUUUAGACUUUGUUGUAAUAUGUUGAUAGGUUUGUAUAAUCCGUGUCACUUCCCUCAUUUUUCUUCUAUUUUUCCACUCAUCUCCCCCUUUAUUAUUGGGAUGACGUCGAUGUAACCAACAUUAUCAAACUAGGAUGAAUUCAAACAAUGUAUAUUUGUCUAUUUCAGUAAUUGCAGACCGCGUUUAUAUUGUAAA